AUGUCUGACCCAGCUGCUUCGGAUACAAGGCAAUGGGACCUUCAUCCCGAGACGGAGUAUCGCUUCGAGCUCGAUCCUGGUACCACUGUAGCCAUCAAGCUCCUGCGCGGCCAAGCCGAAAUCUACGGCUGCGAGCUCGCGGAAGGCAAGAGCUACCUCUUCGGCGAGGAGUGCAAGGCAGCCGUCUUCACCUGGAGGGGCGCCUCGAUCGAGAUGAGCCGCCCUUCGGUCGAAUAUACGUCAGACGAGACGCCCAUGGCCGUAUAUGCCAACCUCCACAUCGCGCUUGAGCAGAUGCGCGUGAGGGCGCUGGCGAAUAUACGCGGGUCGCCGAUUCCUGAGGGUCAGUGCGACCCCGACGCUACCUCUGAGCCGCCGCGCGUCCUCAUCCUCGGCCCCGAAAACUCGGGGAAGACCUCGCUUUGUAAGAUGCUCGUCAACUACGCGAGCCGCGUGGCGCAAGGGUGGGCGCCUGUGGUAGCGAACUUGGACCCAGCGGAGGGCGCCUUUGCGCUUCCCGGUGCCAUAUCUGCCGCGGCGAUUCCGGCUGCGAUUCCGACUUGCACGCCUGCUGCGACGCUGGGGCUGAGUGCUUCGAGCGCUCCUAUGGCGAUGGCUGCGAACGCGCUGGUCCCGCUUGUGUAUUGGUACGGACACCCAGACGCGAAGCGCAAUCCUCGCCUCCUGGAGCGGUUGGUUCGGAACCUUGGAAUGGGGGUAAGCGACCGGGAGGAUGCGGCGCCAUAUGCGUCUGGGUUCAUUGUUGAUACGCCUUCGUCCUUCGCAUCCAGCACAACAGGUUUCAACGAGCACAGGCAAAGGCUCAUCAAAGCUGCCGUAGAGGCCUUCCGAAUCAACGUGAUUCUCGUACUCGGCCACGAGAAGCUCAGCAUCGAGAUGCAACGCACUUACGGCUCGAAGCUCACAGUGGUCAAGAUACCCAAAAGUGGCGGCGUUGUCGAACUCGACGCCGCAUACAGGGAGCGGAUACACGAAUACCAGAUGCACACGUAUUUCUACGGCCACGUCCUCCACCCUCCACCCGGUGUAUCUAACGCGCUCCUCGGAGGCGAGGCGGCUGCCGAUCUGGUGCUCUCGCCAUCUUCCACCGUCAUAGGGUUCGGCGACCUCAGCAUAUAUCGGAUUGGGGCGGAAUCCAUGGCGCCCACAAGCGCGCUGUCCAUAGGCGCCGUGCGCCUCAUCUCCGAGAUGCAGCCGGUCCAAGUGGAUCCUGCCGCUCCCGGCUCUGGCCUCUUGAACGCCUUACUGGCCGUCCUUGCUCCUCUGAACCCAGAUGAGAACGAGCGAUACGACGAAGAGCUCCUGGAUCUGACGGUGUCCGGAUUCAUUGCUGUAACCAACAUCGAUGUAGCGAACAAGCAAAUGACGGUGCUAUGCCCCAAUCAAGGGUCGGUGGUGGGCAGGACCGCUCUGAUGGGGUCCUUCGAAUGGCAAGAGCAGUAG